AGCCCUGCACAGGCGGGAAGGCACCAAGCAAGUGGCCAGCAGUAUUUAUAGACCACGAUGUAGGGGACCCAUAGCCUGCACGGCCUGGACAGACAGGCUGCAGGGGAGGGGGCCUCCACCCCCCCCCCAACGCCUUUCUGAAAAGUCUCCCUUCUCACCGCCAGGUUUGCAGCUUCUAUUGGAGCUUUGCCAAAGGAGCUAUGACAAGGGAGGAAAGAACAAGCUGAAGGGGCCAGCUUGCUGCAAGAGAGGAGCGGACGUUCUGGAUAACAUGCUUUUGCGAAGUUCAGGAAAAUUGAGCGUGGGCACUAGGAAGGAGGAUGGAGAGAGCCCUGCCCCCACCCUGAGGCCAAGGGUCUUGCAUUGUAAGUGCCACCAUCACUGUCCUGAAGACUCGGUCAACAACAUCUGCAGCACAGAUGGCUACUGUUUCACCAUGAUAGAAGAGGAUGACUCAGGGGUACCUGUGGUCACGUCGGGGUGCCUGGGGCUGGAAGGCUCAGAUUUUCAGUGUCGGGACACGCCCAUCCCCCACCAAAGGAGGUCCAUCGAGUGCUGCACAGAGCGGGACCAGUGCAAUGAGGACCUGCACCCCACGCUGCCGCCACUGAGAAGCAGAGAUUUUAUUGAUGGCCCUGUCCACCACAAAGCUUUACUCAUCUCUGUGACCGUCUGCAGCUUGCUCUUGGUCUUAAUUAUUGUGUUCUGUUACUUCAGGUAUAAGAGACAAGAAGCUAGGCCCCGGUACAGCAUUGGUCUGGAGCAGGACGAGACAUACAUCCCCCCUGGAGAGUCUCUGCGGGACUUGAUAGAGCAGUCUCAGAGCUCAGGCAGUGGCUCUGGUCUCCCUCUGCUGGUCCAGAGAACGAUUGCAAAGCAAAUCCAGAUGGUGAAGCAGAUCGGGAAGGGCCGCUAUGGGGAGGUCUGGAUGGGCAAGUGGCGUGGUGAGAAGGUGGCUGUCAAAGUCUUCUUCACCACGGAGGAGGCCAGCUGGUUCCGAGAGACAGAAAUCUACCAGACGGUGCUGAUGAGGCAUGAGAACAUCCUGGGCUUCAUUGCUGCAGACAUCAAAGGAACAGGGUCCUGGACCCAGCUCUACCUGAUCACAGACUAUCAUGAAAAUGGUUCCCUCUAUGACUACCUGAAGUCCACUACCCUGGACACCAAGUCCAUGCUCAAGCUGGCCUAUUCCUCUGUCAGUGGCUUAUGCCACUUGCACACAGAAAUCUUUAGCACCCAAGGCAAGCCAGCCAUCGCCCACCGUGAUCUGAAAAGCAAGAAUAUUCUGGUGAAGAAAAAUGGGACUUGCUGCAUAGCAGACCUGGGCCUGGCAGUGAAGUUCAUUAGUGAUACAAAUGAAGUUGACAUCCCACCCAACACCCGCGUGGGCACCAAGCGCUACAUGCCCCCAGAAGUGCUGGAUGAGAGCCUGAACAGGAACCACUUCCAGUCCUACAUCAUGGCUGACAUGUACAGUUUUGGCCUCAUUCUCUGGGAGGUUGCAAGGAGAUGCGUAUCAGGAGGUAUCGUGGAAGAGUACCAGCUGCCCUACCAUGACCUGGUGCCCAGUGACCCCUCCUAUGAGGACAUGAGAGAGAUGGUGUGUGUCAAGAAACUCCGACCCUCCUUCCCCAACCGCUGGAGCAGUGAUGAGUGCCUCAGGCAGAUGGGGAAGCUCAUGUCUGAGUGUUGGGCGCACAGUCCUGCCUCCCGCCUCACGGCCCUGCGUGUGAAGAAGACACUGGCCAAGAUGUCAGAGUCCCAGGACAUCAAACUCUGAGGCGAGGGCCUGGGCUGGCACUUCCAGAGCAAGCAGUUUCCCCUUCCAGCUAGUGGCAAAACCAGCACCCUUCCAGAAACGUGCAAGUGACAAGCCCUCCAUACCAGCCGUCCCCUGCUCCCCUGCGGGCUCACCUCACCUCUCAGGGAGCAAUCUGGACAGACGGAAGUUUCACCCUAUAUCUGCCUGUCUGUUUAUGGGAAGGAGAGAUGCCCUGGUGGCUUAUCCAGUGGACUUGAGAUGCUUGAUGCUUUCUGAGAAAGCCUGGUAUGUCAGACUUUCACCAUUUAUUUUUAUUUUUUUCUUUGUUUUCAAAAGAGGAUUUUGUUUUUAUUUUUGCCAAAAGCAAGCUGGUGAUGUAGACAUCUGCCUGAAGGUGUUUACUGUCCUGGCUUCAAGGACCACAGAGAGAAGGCUCUUUCCAGGAAGACUGUUGGGUGUACAAGCAAGAUGGGGUCACCCACUGGCCAAGUGUCACCUCACUCUGCAAAGUGAGACAGGCUGGUAGCCUGGGACAGAGCUCACUGCAAAGCCACCACUCUGGCCAGCUUGACAAGGGGCUUCUCUCCUGGGGGUGGGGGGCUGCCACAGCAAUGUGAAUGCACCUGGGGACAGGUACUACCUCUCCAGGACCACUCUGUGCCUGGCACAGGGGGAGAGGGGGGGUCCAGCCCCCCACAGGUGACCACCAGCAGCUCCAGAUGAAACGGAGGGAGUGAAGGUGUUCUGUGCCACUGUGAGAAGAAUCUGGUUCUCUUUUGCAGACCCACUAUGUGUCCGUGAGCCAGUGAGGGAAGGGCUUCUCUCCUAGGGGAGGGGAGACCUCCUCUUUUCCUACGCAGGAGCAAGGCCUGCCUCCUUCCCUGUGCUGAGGACCAGCCCAGCCUCCUUGGGAGCCCUCCAGUAAGAGGAUCAUCAGAGGCAAAGUGACUGAACCCAGAGACUGUCCUCUCCUCAUCCAGAAGACAUGUCAACCUGUAGGCUACAGUGGACCCUGCUGUGUUUUCUGGGAAACACAUGGCAGGCAGAAAAAGCAUUCCCACCUUGUGCCAUCUCACAGCUAAAGACUUUCUUCAGUGGUGGUCUCUCUGUUUAUCUUCAGGUCUGCUCCAACAGGAGACGGUAUGAAAGUCAGGUGAACAGAAUUAGAUUGUAAUUUCAAAGUAGAGAAUGAUAACCUCCUGGGGGGGGGGGAGGUUGGAGCCUGGCUGGGCAACUCAUUCUUGUAGAAUAGAGAGGGUCCAGCAUACAGCUGAAGUGAUUGGUGCCUCAUGCUGGGGAGGCUGACUCAUCCUGAGAUUAUUUUGUUCUCCUGAAAUUUAACUCCCCCUCCUGUUUUUUUUUUUUCUUUUGAAGAUAGAGACAAAGUGAAAGAACCCCACAGCUGAAAUGGGAAAUUUCAAACCUAGGUCACACACAGGGCAAAGCAAUGCGCUGGCCCAGUACAACAUUCACUUUUUAAUUUAUUUUAAUUAAUUUGGUUCCUCCUCUUUGUGUUGAGGUUGCAAAAAACAUCUCUCUGGUCCCCUCAGAUCUUUGGGGUUCCACCUCUGAGCAGCACCUCAGAACCUGGGCUGGGCCGAUAAUCCUUGGUAACAGGAGCAUAAGAAAGCUGAAAAAAAAAACGGCCUCCAUCCCUCAUCACCAAUGUUUCCCUGAGCCCGCUUUCUCCUGCUUCUGGUUUCUGUUUAAAAGACCUUAGAAGAAGCCCUUCCCCUUGGCCUUAAUUAAAAGCGUUCCCUCCAGGAUCCUCCGGGGGGCAGUGUUCUGCAACACAUGAAAGAAGGGCAGAGCAGAGGGCUUUUGAGAGAAUGUUGUCCUCCCCUCCACAGUGACUUGUGCAGCCAGAAACACCCGAGUGGAAAGGACAUAGGUGCUGGGCUUCUGGAACACUGUCACCAUCUGUGAUAACGAAAGCUGUUUUUAAAUUCUUAGGGGAAAAAAAAACUGUCUAGUUUUCAAAGGUUCAACAGAGUUAAUUCCAACUAACCAGAAUGCUGCUUGUACUGAUAUUAAGAACUAAUAUAGAGGUUAUUUUCUUCUGUGCCAAUCUUUGUGAUCACUUGUGAAAGGAAUAUGUGAGUAGAAAAAGUUUAGAAUCAUCUGAGCCUUGGCAAGAAACUUCAGUACCUCCGAUCUAAUCACAAACCUAGAAGUAAAUACUCAACGAUGGUUAAGAGGGGAUUGUGUUUGUGUUUCAGUCCUAAAUUUAAAUGAGAAAUGGGCUUGUCUCUCAGAUAAAAACAU